UUGGAAACCCCUCGCAUCAAGUUUAAUCGAGACUUAUAAAGCUAUAGAGUUCCCAUCCCGUCAAGAUGAUUAAUCGCUUAAUCCCAGCAAUAGGCUUGCUGUUGGGCAUUCUCAUCCAAGAUGCCCUGACCCAGGACACCGUUUCGGCAAUGUGCCAACCGGAUGAACUCUGCACAACGGUGAAACGUUGCGAGGAUUCGGACGACUCAGGAAAGAAGGGUAUUGGACCUCGGAUAGCUCGCUUUUGUGGCACCGGACGAAUGUGCUGCGAUGCCGCCCAGUUGGAGAGCUGGGAUGAAUUCUUGGCCAACCAGCCAAUAACGCAAAGUGGAACAGGUGCACCCGGAAUCCGGAACAAGGCUGGUCGUGUCCUGGAACCGAAGCCCAACGAGAGCUGUGGCGUAAACAUGGAGUGUGUGCCUCGAAAGCUAUGUCGCGACAAUACCAUCAUUGACGAUGGGCAAACCUUGAUCAAUCCCAGGAUCGGUACGUCUGUAUGCUCCAGGUCCCUUUAUCGCUGCUGCGCUGUGGAUCAACAGGUGGAUGAAAGCAACAGUCCCUAUGUGGUUAAGCAGAAAGACUUUAAGUACAAGAGUUGCGGUUGGAGCAAUCCCCAGGGCCUAAUUCCCGACAACGACAAGUUCAACUACACGGAGGAUGUGGCCAUUUUCGGGCAGUAUCCUUGGAUGGUGGGAAUUUUUACGGGACGACAGAAGUUUCUGUGUGGAGGCACUCUGAUCCAUCCGCAGUUGGUGAUCACCACCUCCCACAAUAUCGUCAACGAGACUGUGGACACUAUGGUGGCCAGGAUGGGCGACUGGGACCUGAACAGCCUCAACGAACCGUACAUCCAUGAGUCCAGGCGUAUCAAGGAGAUAAUCAUGCAUCCGGAGUUUGAGGGGGAGAAGCUCUACAAUGACAUAGCCCUCCUCCUGCUCGACGAGCCCGUCCCGAUGGCCCCUCACAUCCAGCCCCUGUGUCUGCCGCCCACGGAAUCGCCGAAGUUGAUUGAUCAGCUGCAGGAAUCGACCUGCAUUGCCACCGGUUGGGGCACCAAGGACAUAGAUAGCGAGCAGCUGGAGAAUGUUUUGAAGCGGAUUGAAUUGCCGUUCGUGGAGCACGACGAGUGCCAGGCCAUGCUUCGAAGCACACUUGUGGGGCAAAGGUUCCGGCUACGGCCCAGCUUCCUUUGUGCCGGUGGCGUUGCUGGUAAGGACACAUGCAAGGGUGACGGCGGCUCACCCUUGUUCUGCACGAUGCCCGGUCAGAAGGAUCGCUUCCAGCUGGUGGGCAUGGUAUCAUGGGGAAUCAAAUGCGCCGAAGAGGACAUUCCGGCGGUGUACACCAAUGUCCCAUACCUGCGCAAUUGGGUCGACGAGAAGAUCAAGGGACUGGGACUCUCUCUGCAGGACCCCUAAGCUGCAAUAUGGUCCACUCAUAAGCAUAAGGUUUAAUUUUGAAUAAAUUAUGUGGAUAAACGUUCAAUUAUCCUUCCAAUUAAA